UCUGACUCUGAUUCUGAUUCUGAUUCUAACUGGAUUCCUGUUACCCCUGGAGUGGUUCAGGGGCUUUCCCAGGAAUUCUGCAGCACUAGCAGGGGAUCAAGAGGGGCAUAAAGGCGGUGGAUUAGGGCACCUAUUUGCCCCCUCCCCCCCACCCACACAUACACACAUUCACAUUCACACACUCACACACAUCACUGACCCCUCUCCCAAUGCUCAGUGACACAAAGACACCAGAGCUGGAGGCUAAGGAGGAGGAGGAGCGGGCGAGGGAGGAAGGCCCGCCACAGAGCCCAAACGCGUGCGUGCACACACACAGCCCGUGCAUGAGCGCGCACGCGCACGUAAACGCUGACAUGGACACAGACACAGACGCCAAUGGCAAGACCAAGAGGAGAAGCGCAGAGUUGCUGUGGCCAAAACACGGACCGCCGGAACUCUACAGCAGCACCGAGCGCUACCUGCGGGUCCAGUCGUGUCCUGAGCCCGGCCCGGAGCCCUGGGCCAGAACCACAUCCCCCAGGGAGAACAGCUCCCUUAGGAGCCUCUCAGAACCAGGCUCACCAUCUGCCGAUAACGGGUGGACGAGCCAUGACAGCAUGUUUGGGGACAGCGAGGCGGGCGUAGUGGUGUUUGACUGCGUGGCGAGCCCGCAGCUGACCUCUGACAUGCCCACCUCCGAGGGCGGUUUUGCCAGCUGUGCUGGCGGGCACCAGCAAGGGGCUGGCAGAAAGGAGCGCUCCACCCUGCUGGUGCGCAGGUUCUACCGGAACAACCAGCAGGUCCGCAAAUCCGUCUGGACCGGAACCAGAGCGAUCGUCCGAGCCCUGCCCAGCGGAGGCAUCGGCGAGCAGGCGUGGGACGCCAUCCUGAAGCAUGCCCAGGGGGUACGGGACCGGCAAGGUCUGACGCACGUCGUCAUGAGGUGGCACAGUCAGCGUGUUGGCAUCAGUCUGCAUGGGCACCAGCAGGAGCGCGUGGCAGUCUCGGGGCUUGGACUCCUGUUGAUGGAGGUGGUCCAUUGGGUAAGUGGAGAGUGUUGUGGAUGUGAGAGCUGUCUUGUCCACCCCUGUCAGAGACGGCUGUCCUCUCAGUGGCUCGGGUGUGCGUGUGGCUUGUGCGUGUCGUUCGUGCUCGGCGCAAAGGACGGCUCUCGCUACUGGGCCGUGCCUCAGCGGACCUGCGUCUCGUCCCGCGUUUCCGGAGCUUUCCAGGAGGCCGUGGCGUCUCUCGGGAUCGGAGGGGGGAGUCGCAGCGUUCCGUCCUCUUUCAACAUCAGCUCUCCUCGUGCCAUGCCAACAGAGCGUCAGCUGAGUUCCCCCAUGGCGGGCUGCAGCGGUGGCAGUGGAGGCGCGCCUGGCCCCGACACGGGUCUCGGCCAUUAG